CCGUCCACCGAGAGCCUGUCUCACCUCUUCCCGAAAAGCUGCACAACACUCGUCCUGUCUCAGCUUCCACCACAUGGUUCUCUGCUCUGCCUUUGUCUUCCUAAUCUUCCUCCCCACCACCAGAGUCAUCUUACACACCACCAUCCUAUGCUGUCUAGCCACACUCUCCCCCUACCACAACCUUAUAGUCGGUAACCUCCUUCAGAUGACAUCGUCUGCACAAGAUGUAAUCCACCUGCGUGCUUCUCCCGCCGCUCUUGUCGGUCACCCUAUGUUCCUGCCUCUUGUUCACUCAGCCAUUUGCAUCCUUUUUGCAAAGUCUACCACCAUCUGUCCCUCCAAGUUCCUUUCCUGGAUGUCGUACUUACCCAUCAAUUCUUCAUCACCCCUAUUUCCUUCACCAACGUGUCCAUUACAAUCUCCACCAAUCAUGCAAGUAAAAAGAAAAAAAAAAAAAAAGGAACCGCUUUUAAUAUUAAAAGGUACAACUCUUCCAACAAAAGUUGUUGCAGAUAUGCAGCAUAAUUUCUGUGUUAACUGGAAUUACUGCAAUCCACAGACGAUUAAAAUGGUGUUGACUACAGAGCCCAUUUGAGCUCCGUUGCUAAUCAAAACCAGAAGCACUUAUUUAGAAAUGUAAACAGUGGCUUAUAUUGGCUGCCUCUCAGAUGUUGCAAACCAGUUCCCUGCAAGAUUUUCAUCUUAGGUUGGCUUUGUUCUCCAUUGUCGCCAAGUUGUGUGCACAUUAGUAUUAGCCUUAAUAUUGUCAUAUGGUGGCCCAAGUUAAAUCAUAUUGUAGCGGUGUCAUGAUACCAAAAUUCUGACUUCGAUACAGGACUUGCAUAAAAUACCUCAAUGCCGGUAUUACAAUUAUACCACGGCAAAAAUCUAAAAAUCAGUAAAACUGACAACUUAAAAUACUUUUAUAUUUAUUUUUAUUAAUUCAAAAAUAUUAGGAUAGCCUUGAAAAAUAAUGUAAUAAAGGAAUUAGCCCAUUCUAGUUAUUUUCCCAAAAAUAAUAAGAUUGAUGCCUGCAUUUUAUAUAUGUCAUUGGUGUUUUAACUUUUGUCUACAAAUGCUAGAGAAUAAUUUGAGCUGGGACGGGCUCCAGCACGCCGGCAACCCUUGUGAGCAUAAGCUGUACAGAAAAUGGAUGGAUACAGUACACGGACAAUGCCGAGUGUGAAGUACCAUCGAGGGGACACGGUGAUGGGCCGCUGGCCUGGCAGCAACCUAUACUAUGAAGUGAAGGUGCUGGGCUUUGAAGCCAAAAGUCAGCUGUACACAGUCAUCUACAAGGACGGAACUGAGCUCGAGCUCAAGGAGCAGGACAUCAGGGUAGGACCAGAACUUACAAAUUCUUCUGGUUUCCAGCCGCGGUCCCGCUCUCGUUCCCGAUCGCCGGGCCGCCGCCGCAGCCGCUCCCGCUCCCCGGCGAGAAACACGCGGCGCUCUUCCUCGCGGGCGGCGGCGGCGGUCGCCGCCGCGGCAAUAACAGAGAGCGCACCGUUGUCACGCAGGGAUUCAAAGUUGAAGGAAAUGGUUGAAGUCAGACUCAGUCCUCUGCAGCAACCCACACUGGCUGCUGAGAACAAUAGCAACAAUAAGCAUGAAAACAAAGACGAGAAUAACACUGCAAAGAAAGUAAAUGAGUCCGAGGCAAAGAUGGAGCCAGAGCCUGAGAAGAACCAGAAUCGUUACAAUCUGCGCCGCAGAAAGGACGAUGGUGAGGCCAAACCUCAAAAUCUGGAGAUUACCAAGGUGGUUACGGCUCCUGCUGUGAUGGUCUCGAACCAACUUGACUUUGGGGGCAAAAUUGGGGCAUACUUCUGGCUGCUCUUCUUGCCAUCCUGGGUUCUUUUUGUGGUUCUUCAAGUCAACUUGGACGACCCCAGCUUAAUUAACUUCCCACCCCCUCUACCCCCCCUUGAAGCUUUCUGGGAGGCUCGGGCUCUAGGUUUUGUUGUCCUGUGGAUCUUAUUCCAGGUCCUGCUCUAUAUCCUGCCUGUGGGAAAGCUAAGUGAGGGCAUGCCACUUAUGUCUGGUGAGAGGCUGAAGUACAGAACCAACGGUUUCUUUGCCAUUGUGACGAGUGCUGCGGUGGUUGCUGCAGCCGUCUAUCAGGGAGUUGACGUCACCUACGUCCACAGCCAUUUCUUGCAACUUGCUGUGGCUACCUUCUUCCUCUCCGUCCUGCUAAGCGUCUAUCUGUACAUCCGCUCCCGCUACGCACCCCCAGACCAGCAGGCGCUUGGGGGGAGCUCGGGGAAUGUGAUUUAUGACUUCUUUAAGGGACAUGAACUCAAUCCCCGCAUUCAAAAUUUUGAUUUGAAAUUCUUCUGUGAGAUGCGUCCGGGACUCAUCGGCUGGUGCUUAAUCAACUUUGCGUUCGCGCUGGCAGAGAUGAAGCAGCAGGGUUUGGACACGCCAUCCUAUGCCAUGAUCCUCGUAAAUGUCUGCCAGCUGAUCUAUGUAGUAGAUGGCCUCUGGAAUGAGGAGGCCAUCUUGACCACCAUGGACUUGAUGCAUGAUGGCUUUGGCUUCAUGCUGGCUUUUGGAGAUCUGGUGUGGGUGCCUUUUACCUAUACCCUGCAGGCCUAUUAUCUGGUCAGCCACCCAAACCCACUGAGCCUCUCAGCCGUUGCUGCCAUUGUCUUGCUCAAACUUAUUGGCUUCUACAUCUUUAGGAAAUCCAACUCUGAGAAAAACGCCUUCAGGAGAAACCCAUCAGACCCCAAACUGUCCUACCUGAAGACCAUUCCCACAGCAACAGGAAAGAGUCUGCUGGUGUCUGGUUGGUGGGGGGUCGUCCGUCACCCCAACUACUUGGGAGACCUCAUCAUGGCUCUGGCCUGGUCAAUACCCUGCGGCUUCGGUCAUUUGCUGCCAUGGUACUACAUGAUCUACUUCAUCAUCCUGCUGGUGCACCGGGACUCUCGGGACAUGAGCGAUUGCAGGAGGAAGUACGGCUCGGCUUGGGACGAAUACUGCCGAACGGUCCGCUACCGGAUCGUCCCCCGUGUCUACUGAGGGGACUGACCAUGGUGCCGGACGCUUGUGAGCUAAGGCCCAUUUUUACCCAGUAUUAAAGCCACACACACACACACACACACACACCAAUCAUUUUUGUUGUCACGAUUGUGUUACCGCUUUUAAAAACAAGAAUUGAAACAUAUCAUGAUUGUGUAUUUUUUUUUUGCGCUUCAGUACAUUUCAAGGAGUGUUUUUUCAACAAACCACUAAGGACUUUUGUUGGCAUCAUGAACUUGUCGCAAAAGAAUGAGGAAGAAAAGUUUACAUUUUGCAACUUGAUGCAAAAAUGAUGCCUCUGCGAGUAAAGUCUUGGUAGGAUGUAUAUUUUUGUGUAUAUACACAUUUGUUUUUAUACUUCAGGUAAAAGAAAACCACUAGUUGUUUUGAUUUUUGGGGCCGAAUGAUGGGAACUAAAUAAGCUGUACACUGCAGCAACAACAACAACUUCUUUCUCAGGACCCACAAGUAUUCUUCCAGAAAUUUCCAUUAGAGAAUUUUCCUGUACAGUCUUGAAUUUUGUAUAGAUGCCUAGUGUUUGACUUGAGAGUUGUGUUUUGAAUUCCUUACAUAGUGGAUUUGGUAUGAUUUCGAACCUUCUGGUGAUGUGCCCAGUGUUGGAGGGGACCACCGACAUGGUGAUGAUGGAUCAUUUUGUCGCAUUCAGGGUUUGACAUGAACCCCCAACGAAUGCUAAUGAAUUUCCGCAGCGGCGGGUAGCUCCGCCGCUCCAGCGAGCCACUUUGGCAGCUUCUUAUUUCGAUAGUGACAAAUUUGUCAGCAACCCCCAAUCCCCGUCUACGAAUGUAUUUCAAUCAGUAAAAAGUCCUUUUUUUUUUUUUUUUAACAAACCUACGAUAUAUAUAUAAUACAGGAUCAGUGUUAGGAAAGUUCAGUACAUAGUUCAUAAUUCAAAAACAAAGUAGUUCAUCGUUCUUUUUUCCCCCCAAUGUUGCCAAUGACAGUUACCCUAAAAUUACUGGCAUUUCAUUUCCCCAUUGUUGCCACCCAUUCAGUCCACACUAGUAGCCAGCUGCAGCUUUGGCCACAAUCUUAAAAAGAUGAAAAACUUGCUUGAAUGGUGUAUUUUUUUUAUUUUUUUUUAUUAAUUAAUUAAAAAAAAACAAAAAAAAGAACACUACUUUUGUCCUUUAUGUGCAAACAAAUACACGCAACACAGUAUGACAGGAACGAUGGUGAAAGGACAUUGACCCUCGAGAACCUUGCUGAGGGUGAAGAGCUGGUCUACUGUUCCACGGCCAGGACAAAAACCAAACUGCUCCUCCUGAAUCUGAGAUUUACGAUCCCCCUACCGUUAGAACACACCCUUCUUAAAAAGAGAGACCACACCCCCAAUCUGCCAAUCCAGAGGCACUGCCCAUGUCCAUGCCGAUGUUGCAGAGGCAUGUCAACUAGGCCUGCCCCACAACAUCCAGAGCCUUUAGGAACUCAGGCCGGAUCUCGUCAACCCCAGAGAUGGAAGAACCCACCUCAGAAUCUCCACACUUGUGCUGCUAAUGGGAAGGCGUGUUGGUGGAAUUGAGCCAGUCGUUUUCCAUGGCUUCGCCGAACUCCUCCCACGCCCGAGGUUUUUGCCUGAGCGACCACCAAAGCUGUGCUUCGCUUAGCCAGCUGAGCCGCCUCCGGAGUCUCGCAGCCCAAAAAGGCCAGACAGGACGACUCUUUCAGCUCGAUGGCAUCCCUGGUGUCCACCGCCUGGUUCGGGUAUUGCCGCCACGACAGGCAUCGACCGCCUGAACACUGUCGGAAGUGGGAGUUGAAGCUCCACUCAUCAAACUGCGGCCUCGCACACCCUUAUGUCCGAACAUGGUGUUUAUGGACAAUCCAUGACAAGCACAGAAGUCCAAUAACAGAACACCACUAUGGUUCUGAUUGGCAGGCCCGUUCCUACCAAUCACAGCCCUCCGGGGCUCAGUGUCAUUGCCCACUUGAGAACAGCAGUCGUUCAAAAGGCAUUUAGUUAUUUACCAAUUGCUCCAAAAUGUAUUGAUAUUAUUGUAAUUGGCUGCCAGUUUCAGUUUCUGGAACAAAAACCCGCCACAGUGGCUAGUGACCCAAAAGGUUAAUGUCAAGCCCUGGUUGCAUUUCUUCUGCCACAUUUUUCUUUUGAGCUUUCUCCUAUUGAAGCUUUAAUAACAUGAUAGCAUGUCAUUAAUGACAAUUUUAUACUGUGAUAACAUGCAGAUGUAUAAAUUGCAUCGUCAUUGUUUGCAGCUCUUGAUCACAACAGAAGUAGCAAUGUAUGAACUCGGACUUGUAAAUAUUUUUGCUGUUUUAUUCUGCAUUGGGAGGACAAAAUAUUAGAUAGUAACGAUUCUUUAUAGCUAUUGAAUGUUUUCUUUUUUUUUUGUUUAUUUGGGCCAAUGUAGUUUUGUUUAGAGAUAAGAUCUGCCAUAUUUCAUGUGUAUUAAAACACAAAAACCGGUGAAAGUAUCUGUAUACAUAGUUUAGCCCAAAUAAAGAUUUACAGAAUUUUUUUUCCCC